CAGUAGUGUUGUAGGAGCGAUCUCGAGCUAUCGUCAAUCUCGAUUACUCCGCGAUAUAUCGACUUUUUAGUGCCGUUUAGUGUCGGUAGAUGACGUUGGUGUAAAUUGGAAUUGAUAAAGCUGACGUGUUGCGAUGUCUGAAGGAAAAGUUAAUGAGGAUUUGGUAAGAGAGAGGAAGAAAUGUACUUUUGACGUCAAAGAACUGGUACAUCUUAUAGAUGGAGGGGAACAGGCCACUAAGGACAGGAAAGAAGUGGAGGAAAUGGUACUGAGUGUGAAGGAGCUCAGAGAUGAAGUCCCUGAAGAGUACAUGAGCCACAAAGAACGGUACGAGAACGCUGUCCGCAAGUCCUGCAUCAUGAUAGAGCUGUUGAAAGACCACGCGCUACGGCAUUCCUCGUUCGAUGCCUACAAGCCUUCGAACAUGUAUCGGGUCCAGAGCGCAAUAGUGAAGGAUGUGUCUCCUUUCCUUCUCCACAUGGGAAUGUUCGUUCCCACCAUUCUGGGUCAGGCGUCAGACGACCAACUCGCCGAGUGGCUGCCAAAGGCGUUGUCAAUGCAGAUAUUGGGGACUUACGCACAAACUGAACUUGGCCACGGAACAUUCCUCCGAGGGUUGGAGACUACAGCUACCUAUGACCCCAGCACUGAACAAUUCAUCCUGGAAACUCCUACCAUUACUGGCUACAAGUGGUGGCCUGGAGGCUUGGGGCACACAACCAACCACUGCAUAGUGGUAGCUCAACUCUACACAAAAGGGAAAUGCUAUGGCGUCCAUCCCUUCUUCGUCCAGAUCAGGGACACAGAAACCCACGAACCCCUCCCUGGGGUCAAAGUGGGCGAGAUCGGUCCCAAGCUGGGAUUCCAAACUGCGAACAACGGCUUCUUGGGCUUCGAGAAGGUCAGGAUACCUAGGGAGAGUAUGCUGAUGAAGAAUGCGCAAGUUUUGAAGGAUGGCACCUAUGUAAAGUCGAAGAACGACAAACUGGCGUACGGGACCAUGGUUCUAAUUCGAGUGAUGAUAGUCAAUGAUGCGUCGUACGAAAUCUCCAGGGCUGCAACCAUUGCCGUGCGGUAUUCGGCGGUCAGGCACCAGUCACGGCCCAAACCUGAUCAGCCAGAGCCUCAGAUCCUGGACUACGUAACGCAACAACACAAGCUGUUCAUCUCCAUAGCCACCAGCCACGCCUUCAGGAUGACAGGCACUUGGCUGUGGGAUAGCUACUCCAAAGUCGUCCAUGACAUGGGGAAAGGACAACUUGAUCAUCUGCCAGAGCUCCACGCCCUAGCGUGCUGCCUGAAAGCCGUGUGCAGUCGUGACGCGGGUAUCUGCGUGGAACAGUGUCGGAUGGCCUGCGGAGGUCACGGCUACAUGCAGUCCUCAAAUCUACCCAUUAUUUAUGGGCUGGUCACCGCCACUGUCACCUACGAGGGAGAGUACACUGUGAUGCUGUUACAGACUGCGAGAUAUCUCAUGAAAGCUUGGAAGCAGGCGGUGGAUGGCAAUGUUCUGACGCCGACGGUUUCGUACAUGCUUCCCUUCGUCAGAAAUAAGAAGCCCACGUGGACGAACAACGCUGAUGGUAUCAUCGCGGGCUUCCAAGCUGUUGCUGCUGGAAAAGUAAAGGCAGCAUACGAGGCUAUUCAGAAAUACGAGAAGGCAGGAAAUGAUUACGAAGACGCGUGGAACUUGGCUUCAGUACAGCUUGUCAACGCUAGCGAGGCCCACUGUCGCGCCAUUAUUUGCCAAACUUUCUGGAAGGAGGUUCAACGGCUUUCUCCAACGUUGUCGUCCGGCUUGGCUGUAGUAAUGCAGCAGCUAGCCGAGUUGUAUCUGGUCUACUGGACGUUAGAGAAAUCGGGAGAUCUUCUAGUGUAUUCAUCAAUAUCCAAGAGCGAUCUUCCACUGCUGCAGCAGAGAUAUGAGCAGCUCCUGUCAUUGAUCAGGCCCAAUGCCGUGGGGCUGGUAGACGCAUUUGAUGUUAGAGAUGAGAUCUUGAAUUCCACUUUGGGUGCAUAUGACGGGCGCGUUUACGAAAGACUAAUGGCGGAGGCUCUGAAGAGCCCGCUGAACGCUAAGCCUGUCGACGACAGCUUCCACAAGUACCUCAAGCCUUUCAUGGCGAAAGCCAAACUGUGAUUUACUGAGUUAUUAGGAUAAAUUGGUUACCGGAUAAAAUUGUUAUUAUGUAAAUAAACUAGCUUUCCGCCCGCGGCUUCGCCCACGUGUAAUUCGGUUAUACAUA